AUGCCCAUCCAGUUCAUCCUAUGCUUCAACAAGCAGGGCAUCAUAAGGCUCUGCAGAUGGUUCGACACGUCGAUGCAGAUCCCGCAGGACAGAGACCAGCUGGCCCAAAUUUUCAAGCUGAUCAUGGCGCGGGACCCGCACAUGCAGAGCAACUUCAUCGAGUUCUCGGACGCGACGAAGCUGGUGUACAAGCGAUAUGCCGGACUGUACUUCCUGAUGGGCGUCGGCCCAGACGAGGACAGCCUGAUCUACCUCGCGCACAUCCAGCUCUUCGUGGAGGUGCUGGACCUGUUUUUCGGCAACGUCUGCGAGCUCGACAUCCUGUUCAACUUCUAUAAGGCCUAUAUGGUGAUGGACGAGAUGUUCGUCGGCGGCGAGCUGCGGGAGUGCUCGAAGGACGUGCUGCUGGAGCGCAUUACGCACGUGGAGAAGCUAGCGUAG